AUGAACGCCAUGAACCCACAUCAGGAGCAGCAGGCCGCUCUCCUCAACAGAAUCGCACUCAACGUGGAGAAGCUAAAUGAAUCACUGGUGCAGCUGAAUCAGAAGCUGGAACAGGUCAACAACCAAACACAGUCGACGAUGCUGAUCGCUCAGGUCUGGAAUUCGUACUCCAAGAGCGCACAUAUCAACCUCGAAGGUCUCGGCGGACUGCAGCCACCAGAGUAA